AAGCGAGGACCUUUUUUUUUUUUUUUUUUAACCAUUACAUAUUGGACCGGAAACUCAGACUUUCUACUCCACUCUCCUUUUCUCUAUCUCCACGAGCAGCUUCGAAAGUGCGUCACUUAGGAAAGCCUUUUCCAGUAGCCCAGGAUCGGGAUCCUGCAGAAAUGUUUGAUGGGGUUCCCUCCUUGGAAGUCCUAUAUUGGAAAGAUAGCGACUUGUGAAAAGAGAUUGCAAAGCUGGGAAGCGCUGAGGCUGCGCGUGUUUCUUUCGCCGCAAGAGAAAGAAGAGAACAGGAGGAGCAUUUACUCACAUCGGGGAAGUGGAGGGACAGCUGACAGCGUUGCCUCUAGGCUGGGGAUCACCAGGGAUGGGAAGAUGCCCCUGGAGGUGAAAUGGCCAUUUCCUCAGGCCCCAAGUCUGGCAUGGAAUUUGGCCAGCAGGGUGAUCAUGGGAUUGGUGGGUACCUAUAGCUGCUUCUGGACCAGAUAUGUAAACAAGCUGAAUAUCCAUAAUGAAGAAGUUCUUUAUGACCUAAUUGAGAAGCGCCAACCAGGAACCCCCCUCUUGACUGUCUGUAACCAUCAGUCCUGCAUGGAUGACCCACAUCUUUGGGGUAUCCUGAGAUUACGACACGUCUGGAACUUGCAGAAGAUGCGGUGGACUCCAACAGCUGCAGAUAUCUGCUUUACCAAGGAGCUGCAUUCUCAUUUCUUUAGCCUUGGGCGAUGUGUUCCUGUCUGUCGGGGAGACGGAGUCUACCAGAGAGGCAUGGACUAUAUACUAGAGAAGCUAAACCGUGGUGACUGGGUGCACAUGUUCCCAGAAGGUAAAGUGAACAUGACCCAGGAGUUCAUGCGCUUCAAAUGGGGUAUUGGGCGUCUUCUGGCUGAGUGCCGUCUGCACCCCAUUAUACUGCCACUCUGGCAUGUAGGAUGGGAAUUUCCUGAUAUUAUACGUGGAAUGAAUGAUGUACUCCCCAAUACACCCCCUUACGUGCCCCAAGUUGGUCAGAAAAUUACCGUGUUAAUUGGGAAGCCAUUCAGCGUCCGCCCAUUGCUAGAGCGUCUGCGGGCAGAAAACAAGUCGGCGAUGGAGAUGCGCAAAGCCCUGACUGAUUUCAUUCAGGAGGAGAUCCAGGCCCUAAAGGAACAGGCUGAGAGACUGCAUCAGACUUUCAAGCUACAGGGCUAGUGUUGACUGGACUAACCAGAAGCUCUGUCACUGAAACAUGGAUUAUGCAGUCGUGGUCUAUGGCAAGAAAUGUACUCUUUGCACGGACUACUUUUAACUCAUCACUUUUAAGUUAAAUUUUCUCAUUUCUCCACCUAUCGAUACCAUCCACACACCCUGCUGCAGAUGGAGUGGCACAGCAUGCAGAAGAUUGGAUGAAAGCUUCAAUACCCCUUGUUGAGCUUCAGACUCUCCUGACUGUACUGCUUUGGUGUCUGCCUCCCAAAGGGAGGCACUUGCAAUGGCUACUGUAUGUAGUUCCCUCUUGCUAGAACCUAGAGGUGCUGGGACAAUUGCUGGUAAUGCAAGAACAGGAAGAGGAAGGGAUGGGGGAGGGAAAUCUGUCUCCAUCCUCUUCUUGCAGAUAUCUCCACUCAUUGGAGGAAUAUAUAAUGCAUUUUGUAAAUUUCCUCUUUUUGUAGAAUAUUGGUUUGCAAAUGGUUUUAUACUUGAAACUUCCCCAAUAAAUGAUUCACACCUGUUGCAGCCUGGGUUAAGCUCCGAAGUGCCAGGAAUUAAAGUUUUCUGCACAUAAUUCAGGUAUCUUCAUAGAGGAAAGUGUUUUAUAGUACCUAGCAAAAGACCCUCCAUUGGCCAAUAGAUACACCAAAUACUGUAGGUUGUGAAAAACAAUUAAGGCACUACUCUUAAAAACAAGCAAAACAAGUUGGCAUAAACUUUUGGAAUAAAUUUCAUCAGAUAUAUGAAUGUAACCCAGAUUAGAAGCAUACAAGUAUCAUGUUUAUGGAGACAGAGUGGAUGUUAGGCACUGAUGACAGGAAAAUAAAUACAAUAUUAGA